GAAUCGAAUCCCCAACCUGUCUUAUAAAAGCAGCAGUGUUUGGAAUCCAUAUUCAAACCAGAGAUGGUUAAGCAUAGGUUUACACGGAGUGAGCUUCGUGUUCUUCAGCUUGGUGUUGCUGUUAUAUUUGUAGCCAUCCUCUCAUUCGCUGUGAGUGCUAAUACACUUCUUAUUCCAUCCAUUCGAAGCAGGAACUUUGUACCAACGAUAUGCACCGUAAUCAGCUCCGAGAUUAUCAGAAGUCCGUGCUUGUGUCAGCCUGGUAACGACUGCCCUAUCAGCAGCAGACUGUGCAGUAGUAAUGGCCAAGCAAACUACCCGUGUGUGCAGGUUAUGGUGAGAUAUAAAUACAACAUGGAGGAAACGCCAUCUAGAAUUGAAGCUCCAACAGUUGACUUACGCAGUCAGACGUUUCUCGAGCAAUGGUUGAAUGAUUUAAACCACUCCAGCAUUGCCCAAAAUAAAGAUUCCAUGGAAAACGACCUUUUCGCAACUAACUCCCGACGAGCAUUGCUCCACACGAGUGACAUGGAUCUACGUUAUUCAGACCAGUGUUCCUUUCACCCCCAUUGUACUCGCGAUGUCACCAUGAUGACAAGAGAAGUGUCAUCAUACAGACGAAACAUAGGAAUCGUAGGAUUAAACUUUCCAUGUUUCUAUGACCCUAAGAACCCCACAGAUGCUGUCUUGUACAGAAUUUAUGAUGGAUGGAGUAUUUUUCACAGCACAUUCUGGCCUGGACUGCUGCUUCUGACGGGAGUCAUGAUAAUUCUGCUUGUCUACUGCUGUCUUGCACGGCUAAAAAAGAAUUUUAAUCAAAUCGACCUGAGCGGUGCAAUUCUCCACACUCAAGGUUCACCAGCGGUUUCUUCUGGAGGUAGUGGGUCGUGCCAAAACAAAAGACAAACCUGCACAAAGAUUGGACUCGGUGGAAAGGUCCACGUUUGAGAUACAACCUGAAGUGAUCGUGAGUUCAUAUACAGGAUGCUUGCGUUCUUCCGCCCUGCCUACGCACUGUUUACGAUUUGACAGCGAUGUAUCACAAUUGAUUCAUAAGUGACCUGAUUUAUGCAGAAAAAAUGACCUCAUUCUUUGAAAAGGUGUUGCCAACUAAGACUCAUUAUCAUGAUGGUAAAUAAAAACCGGUUUCUCUGCCUGCAAGUAUCCGCAUGUGCUGAUAUGUCCAUAAACAUUGCCGCACUUUGUUGACCUAACCAAAAAUAGUUUCAAUUUAGGUUUCUUACUUCGAACCAGCGACUCCAAAGUUUUAUUUAACAUUUCUAAUCAUGACGUAAGAUCUUAACAAGUAUGUGGCAUGAAAUCUCGAUCUAACGGAGAUGCCCGAGUGGUACGACUGCAGCCAUUAUCUUGCGUUAAUAUAAGAAGUAAUUAAAGUCAAAUUCCCGAUAUAGCAUGCGAUAAUAUUAAUCUUGUUUUAGGAAGAUGUCCGGAGAUUCCUUUUUGGCAUUCAACAGUUCAGUAUGUGUGUGAUCAGCAUAUUCAAUAUAUGGAACAUGCAUACUAUUUGCAAGAAGCAGGAUUCAAACGACUCCAGUUUCGGGUGCGGUCAACGAAAAAGUUCUCCCGUCCGCCUCAGUAGAAAAAAAUGCUCGGAACUAUCCUUACAACUGACAUCAUUUUGAGGAAAUUAGCUGUCAACAAACACCCAUGUGAAAAGAUCUGACCUCUCGCAGGACUUCGAUUUCUCCUUGAUUGCAACGUAAGAGGUGUACAUGUAAACGGGAUCCUGAUAAAAUUGUCACCGUGGACAUGUAAGCCACAACCUCAACGCACUGUCGACCUAUUGAUUGAAGAAGGUAAUAGGACAAUAUUGUCAUAUGAUUUCGAAUCAGGUUUUCAAUUUAAAGAUUCUCAUCUUGAUGCAAAUUUUCUUACAAAACAAAGGGGAUGCUUCAAAGUAAAAUUAUCGUCACGAAGAAUCUUUAAAUCUUUUUAUCGCCACCUUGCUGUCUGUUAUCUUAUGCAAACUCACAUUGACAACACGAACGAAACGGUUGACUCAUCUCUUGUACAAUAGCGCCGUCUAGCGGUACACAAAAGCAAAAUAAUGUGCUUUUAUUGCAUAUGUACUGACACAGCAGUUAAAGUUUCUAAAACUAACCCGGUAAAGCGUAAAUUGACAAUAAGAAGUUUUGAAAUAAACAAACGCUUUUCACGCCACUACUCUGUAUGCCACCAAGUGCUGUACAACUUCACAAAAUAUGAUUACGCCUUUUAGGAGAAGCAGGUGUAUGGUAUGC